AUGGUUGCUCUCAGUUCUUGUUUCUUGUUGUCUGAGGUUGACUGUGAGAAAUUAGCUGAAAUAGAACUGCAGAAAGAUGAAAUGGAUGAUAUACACUCAGAACAAGAAGAAACAUUUCUGCAUCCACCACCUUAGGAUCCUGAGCUAAAUAUCAAAUAAAUAAUAAAUAAAUAUAAUCCCUACCAUGAUGUUGUGAGACAUGGUAGCAUCCAGUUUACAGGUGAUGACAAUUCUGGAAGGAAGGUGAUUACCUUCAGUUGCUGCUUCAUGUCCCCAUUCUACCAGCUCAAUUACACAAGGUUGCUUGAGUACUUAAAGUAUACUCUGGAUCAGUAUGUAGAGAAUGAUUAUAUAGUUGUCUAUUUUCAGUAUGGCCUGAAGAGUCUGAAUAAAAUGUCUCUGAAAUGGUUGCAAACAGUCUACCAGGAAUUUGACAGGGAGUAUAAGAAAAACAUUAAAGCACUCUAUGUUGUCCAUCCAACCAACUUCAUAAAGAUUCUGUGGAAUAUCUUUAAACCUCUUAUAAGCCACAAGUUUGGGAAAAAGAACUACUUGAACUAUCUAGGUGACCUGGGAGAACAUCUCAAAUAUCCCUUAAGAACCAGCAUCCAGACUAUCAAAGACGUGCAGAAACUCAAUCAGGGUAAGCCUCUGAAUUUUGAUGAUUAUCAUAAUAUCCAUACUCCUGCUGUUAUCCUGAAGAUUUUCCGUAGGGGACUCUCUCAGCCAUUGCUAACAUUUGACUAUUAUGAUCAUAUCCUUGAAAUUGCCAUUUUGACAAAAUAUUUUUAA